AUCAGACAAGUGAUGAUUACAUAAAUUAUGACCUUUAAUUAGAAAAAAAAACCAGCGGUUUUCAUAUAAAUUGAUUAGGUGCACCGAUACAGAAGCAUUAGCAGAAAUGAAGUGGUUUAUAGUAGUUGGUGUGGCUAUCAUUGGCUUUGCUGCCAUAGCGGAUUCAAAAUCUGUAGAGGGUCUACUACGUGAAAAAAGAAACUAUGGAUCCCGCGGUGGCGGUGGAGGUUUCGGUGGUGGCGGCGGCAGUGGAUACGGAGGCGGUGGCGGAAUAGGAGGAGGAUUUGGAGGAGGUGGCGGUAAAGGAGGCGGCGGCGGAUGGGGUGGUGGAGGAGGCGGAGGAGGCGGUAAAGGAAGCGGCGGUGGAUGGGGAGGUGGAGGCGGCGGUGGCGCCGGAGGUGGAGGAUAUCCAAGUGGUGGUGGCGGAUACCCAGAUGGUGGAGGUGGUCAUUCAGGAGGUGGUGGUCAUCAUGGAGGCGGUGGACAUGGAGGUGGUGGACAUGGAGGACAUGGAGGUGGUGGACACGGGGGACAUGGAGGAGGACACGCACAAGCAUCAGCUUCUGCCAGUUCUGGCUAUGGAAGUUAUGGAAAAUAAGCCGUACCUACCUGAUAUACAGAAAAGGAAAAAAGCUGUUUGUGAUGUAAAUUUUUUUGAUAUAAAUAUAUGUGUGACUUUCAAUAAAUUAAGAAAAAACAAAUCAAUUGUUUCCUAUUUCAAUCAGUAUAUUAAUGUUUAUAAGUCCAUAUAUAGGACUACUAUUAGUUUUACCAGUUAUUAA